AUGGGCAUGGCUUCUGAUGAACCGGCUCUCAUGAUACUCGAGGAAAAAGCACCCAACAAGCGCGACGACAUCACUCACAAAUUUGGAUCAUCGACAAGAGAUGCAGCAGGCCUUGCCCUUGAACAUUCAAAAAUAAGUGGUGCUGCUGCUAUGAAAACCGAACAGUCCAUAUAUACCCUCGCACAACGGGUAUUUUCGAACCUAAAGGCACUUUCGGGUGCUCCUGCUACUUUCCAUGAAGCCGAAAAGGCGCGAGAUCGAUUCCAAAAAUGGUGCAACAGCCUUGGCGCACAUCUUCAAGGGACUUAUUCCUUGGAUGAGCGUCUUCGCGAUGCUUCGGUCAUGAAGGAGUAUAUUUUGGAUUGCCUUGCUGGCAUGAAUACGGCUCUAGAAGAGGCGCAGGAUCCCAAUUCUGGACAGGAUUCUGAUCCAUCUUCUUCCCCCAUCAAUAGCGAGAGAGCUAGCAGAAUUUUGAUCGAAAAUAGCGCAAUGGCUAGCCCAAUGGGUUUCGCGAACUCUAUACAAGGUGUAUUGUUUCGCCUAACGCCGAUAAUUCGACCAGCGCUCUCAGCCGACCGCUGUGAAAAGGCAAUGUCAACUACGAUCCCCGAUGAAGAGGAUUUCAAAGUCAGGUGUAGUAAAGAGAUUCGUCACUUUUUCCCUCGUCUCUCGUCGGAGCUUCUGCCUCGUUUGGUCCAAGCGAGCCUCUUACGCCGUCGGUUCACUCAGUAUGCAAUGAACUACAGCGCGAGGUUCCGGUCUGAUGUGUACUGGGCAUCGACUUCCGCAGAAAUAAAUCCUUCCAAUGUUGCCGGGCCGCCGACCGGCAAAGCCAACUCGGAAGCAAGUGAUUCCCAUGGGAGCAUCGCAGACCCAAACCUGUCUCUUUCCGGCAUUAUUACACGGGAAGAUGCGUCCCAUACCUUGCGUAGGCGAUCCGUGAUAUCCUUUGCCGAGUCUCACCACGCAUUAACGUCGUCUAUUCCACCCUUCCCGGAAGAUUCCGAUGGCGGACUGCGUGAAUGCGUUGCUUGCCACCUUUUACUACCUCUUCCGACAGAGCAGCUUUGGAGAGGGCAUAUUAUAAAAGAUAUCCGACCUUACGUCUGCACGUUUACAGACUGUACAGUCGACCCGGGCAAGCUCUACUCCAGUCGUCAUGCAUGGUUUGAGCACGAAUUGGCAUUCCACAGACGCCAAUGGCCUUGUCCUUCUGGAUGUGCCACCAUUCUCACAGACAUCGAGUCCUUCCGCGAGCAUGUCGAGUCCAAGCAUGGUACGCGGGCACAGCAAUUGCUAUCACAUCCUCUGCCUCGAGGACUGGAGCUCCCACCUGACGCGGAGGCCAUAUGUCCUUUUUGCCAGGAGUCUAUCAAAUCUCGCCAGAAAAUUGGGUUCCACAUAGCAUUGCAUCAGCUCGAGAUCGGUCUAAUGGUUCUUCAAUCGCCUGUAAGUAUGGUGUCAGGCGAGACGGUACUGGCUGAAGACUCGGAGGAAGAAUUACCGCCUUUUCCAGUAAUCGAGUAG